AUGAGCUUUGUCAUAGAUAAACGUCCAAGUAAUGAACAUCUUCAAACUCGGGAUACGGCCGCUUUGGAUUCAAAGGCUGCAAUCAAAAAGAGCCCCAACAGCUCAGAGGUUGCCUGGCAUGAUUCAGAUGACGAUUCGAUUUCUGUAAAUCUCAAUUCGCAAGCCCAAUUGAAAAAGCUUCGUAGGCCAGAGGAUCUGGAAGCGGAUGAAAAUCCUAUGAUGUCUGGUUCGAUAGAUGGAUCCAAGUAUCAAUCUCGGCUACGAGACCAAUUCGAGAAAAUCAAUCCAAAGCCUAAAUGGGUCAAGCCCACUUUUGCGGAUACGAAUAUUUUUGAAGGAGCCUCUCAAUUGUCUGACGACGAGGAUGGCGAGCUUGAUUGCAUUCAUGCGUUUCUUUCAAAGAAAAAGGGGAAUGCAAAGAUGUCUUCACCAAAAAUGCCGGUGAAGAACUCAACCAACAUCAGUAACAUCAAGUAUUGUGGUAACAUUACACAGUGUGUUACAUCUACCUUGAGCAUUGAUUGGAAUCCAAUAACCGGCGCUUCUAUCCUCACAGGUGGUGACAAGGAUAAAACGAUAAGGCUUUUUUCAUUAUCCAAUGCGUCUUUUUCCGAGGAAGAAGAUUUUGAUAGUAAAAUCUCGUCUACAAUGAAGCCACAAUUGUUGGGAAGCGAAAUCGAGCUACAAGCGUUCCCAAUUAAAUGCGUUAAAUGGAUGCCCUCUUGCAGUUCCGCCUUCGUAAGUGGUAUGAAGCGCCAUUUUUACAUUGUGGAUCUUGAAUCUCAAACAGCAAUUCCGCAUUCUUCUUUUGGAAGACACGCUGGCAUCUUUAAAGGGGAUGAUCCAUCCAUGAUUGGAACUGUGGUUUCAAUUUCCAAAAAUUUCAUUGCCAUUGGUGAAGGUAAUGGCUAUGUUGCAAUAAUGGAUUCGACCUCCCUAUCUUUGGUCACACGGAUCAAGACCGGAGACGAUUCUGGUGUUGUGGCGGUCGAAUGGGACCCCAUUUCCCCACAUCCCACCCUAUGGACUUUAGAAGGAAACAAGACAGGAAGUACUUUGUCACAGUGGGAUUUGCGAGCAAUAUGUUCAGAGUCCCUCUCAUCGGGGCGUGGCAAUUGCAUCAAUAGAAUACCCUUACAUUCUUCUGGCCUGAAGGGCACUUCGUUGUGCAUCUCCCCUUCUGGUGCGAAUAUUGCCGUGGGAACCGAUAGCGGUAUAACCUCGAUUUUGGGGGCCAAAGGAAUGGAUGGCGGAAAUCCGCUUUACAAGUCAAAACCUUCUAUUUUAAAGGAAAUCGAAUCGCUGAGGACACCCAUUGAUUCCAUAUCAUGGUCUUAUGAUGAAAACGAGCAUCUUUCCUUUUCCUCUUCCCAUGAAAAGGGCUCUGCUCGAAUUUCGAGUAUUUUACACGGAGCCUCGGGAAGUAUAUCUGCCAAAACAUUGCAGGGAUGGCCCUCACCAUCUAUGAUGCCUGCACUUGGAGCCGUUACAAGUAAACCAAGCGCCGUCGCUAGGAUAAGGGAGCUUCAGACACAAUUUGAUGACGGAAAGCCCCCUAUUUUAAAAAUCGGGAUCCGAUCCAAAGGGUGUUCAGGUAAUUCCUAUAAUUUGUCAUGGAUAUUUGACAUCGCCUCAGAGUCAAAGGGAACAGAAAUAAUAGAACAAGAUGGAAUUAAAAUAGCCAUCGAACCACGCGCCCUGAUUUCUAUCAUUGGGUCUGAAGUUGAAUGGGUCGAAGACAAGCUUUCAUCUCAAUUUCUAUUUGCAAACCCCAAUGUAAAGGAGACUUGUGGCUGUGGACAGUCCUUUACAAUAGACGAGAAAAAUUUUGAAUAA